GCGUUGGAGCUUUCUUUGGAAUACGACACGUGUCAUCAUCUGCAGUGGGACACUUGUUAAAGGAAGGUUGUACACCUUGGGAUCCCUGAAUCUAUCAGCUACUGAAGGGGUUUCUCAUGAUCAGCAAUGUAACCAGUGUAGAUUAAGAGACUGUAAAUUUGGCGCGCCUCUGAACUGCAAGGCUUGAAUAGGAAGAGAUGUAUAUGACAGCGGCUUAGUAGCAUGACUUGUGGAAAAGGAAGUGAAGUGUAUCUCAAGCAAGGAAGGAAAGAGUGUUUCUGAGAUAUGGGAGGGAUCGAACAAGGUGCAAAGAGGAGCGUGUAACAGAGAAAAAAUGUGUGAGUGUGUGUGAGAGAGAGAGAAAGGAGGAGGAGGAGCAGGAGGAAGAGGAGGAAGAUGGAGGUGCAGGUGGUUGCAGGCGCGCUGGGAAAGGAAUCAGCAUGGGCUACCGGAGUUGUAUGGCAGGAUGGUGAGGGAAGACGCGGUAGAAAUGGAUGUUGUUGCUCUGCUCAAGUGGCUUCUUCGUCAUCAUCGAUGUCUUUGUGCUGCUCUAGCAGGGUACAUCGGCGCUCAGGAUCUCUGAGAUUCUCAUGCCAGGGGUAUUCUGAACCAGACUGCUCUCACAGGUGGGAGAGUGGGCAUGUCAACGACAGCAGAAGUCGGCAGUCACCCCUCUCUCACUCUGAGCCCUGGGGCUGCGGGUCAAGAUCGCCGUCGAAAUUGCCGAUAUGUGGCUGUUCGGUACGAGUCAGGAGGAAAAUGGAAGGUAAACUGAGGGUGGGAGAGGUUCGCUGCGCCCUUGCCGAUGCAGUCCUCAGACAUGUUGGUGACGAGGUGAUUCUGCAGAAGAUCUCUGAGGAGUUUAGCAGAUGUGAAGAUAACAAACAAAAGAUGAGACUCCUCCUCCAUUAUGCAGACCGGUUGCCACGCCUGGACAAGGAGGACUGCAUUCCUGAGAAUCAAGUUAUGGGAUGCACAUCACGUGUUUGGGUGACUGCGAGAUUGGAUGAUGAAGGAAGGGUUUGGUUCAGCGGUGACAGCGAUGCCGAGUUGUCGCGUGGCCUUUGUGCUGUCCUCAUUGAAGGAAUAAGUGGACUGACUCCUGAGGCGAUACUCGAUGUAAGGGAAGCAACACUCGCCUCCAUGCAUCUUUCCCCCAUCACCACCCGAUCUAGGAUCAACGGCUUCUACAACAUGCUGAAGAUGAUGCAGAAAAGAGCAGGGGAAUUAGCGCUGCUACGUGACGGUUUGACCCCAGUUGCCCCCUUCCCGUCGAUACUAAUCACUGCAAAUGGCGAGCUCCAACCACGUGGGGAUUUCGCUGAGUCCCAGGCGCGCUUCUUAUUUCCGGACCCCUAUGCUGUGGACAACUUAGUGUCUUUGGUUUCCUCAAAGAAGAUCGGAGUUGUCGCCCACUUCUACACGGACCCUGAGGUGCAAGGGGUGCUUGCUGCAGCUCGAAGUCGUUGGCCGCACAUUUUGAUCUCUGACUCCCUCGUCAUGGCAGACGGAGCGGUGAAGAUGGCGGAAGCAGGAUGCACCACCAUAGCUGUGCUUGGGGUGGACUUCAUGUCAGAGAACGUGCGUGCCAUCCUUGACCAGGCUGGUUAUUCGCAUGUGGGAGUCUAUCGCAUGUCACACCUGGAGAUAGGCUGCUCCCUUGCAACGGCAGCGCAGGGAACAAGUUAUGUCAAGUUUCUUGAUGAGGCUUCUAAAACCCCCAAUGCUCUGCAUGUCAUCUACAUCAACACGUCACUUGAGACAAAGGCAGAGGCACAGCUCAAGGUUCCAACCAUCACAUGCACAUCUUCAAAUGUUGUACAGACGAUUCUUCAGGCAUCCGCACAAGUACCGGAAGUGUCUAUAUGGUAUGGACCAGACACGUACAUGGGCGCAAACCUUGCAUUCGUUCUUCGCGAAAUGGAAAACUUGUCAGAUGAAGAGAUUGCAGCAAUCCAUUCUGCUCAUAAUAGGAAAACCAUCAGCGCUCUCCUGAGCCGUUUCCACUAUUUUCAGGAUGGGGCUUGCAUUGUACACGAUAUAUUUGGGAGUGAGGUGGUCAAGCGCGUCAAGGCAGGCUACAGUGAUGCGUAUCAGGCCGCACACUUUGAGGUACCAGGCGAGAUGUUUGCAAUGGCCAUGGAAGCCAAACGUCGUCAGAUGGGGGUGGUCGGAUCGACGUCCAAUAUUCUGUCUUUCAUUACAGAUAAGACUCGAGAGGCCAUCGCUCAAGGGCAUGAUCAGCGCCUUCAAUUCGUCCUCGGGACAGAAUCGGGCAUGAUAACGUCAAUUGUCGGCAAAGUGCGAGAGAUCUUGAAAAAGAACAUGAACGCUGGCGGUGCAAGGGGACCUAUGGUGGAUGUGGAGAUUGUCUUUCCCGUUUCCUCAGACGCCAUAACUGCAUCUUCCGAAGUUAGCGGCGGAAAUCUUUCAUCACUGUCAUCGUCAGCACCUGGAGGCCAGGGGCUGGAAGAGCUGAAGGUGGCAGUACGGCCUGCAAGUGGGGUCAUUGGAGAGCUGGGUGUUGUGCCAGGGGUACAAGGUGGAGAGGGGUGCUCCAUUUCAGGAGGCUGUGCUUCCUGUCCAUACAUGAAGAUGAACUCUCUUAAUGCGUUGCUGCACGUCUGCCGGUGGAUCGGGACGGACUCAGAGGCGAUGCUGUCAGCAUACAAACCUCGACUAGUGAGGGAUCAAGUUGGGGGAAGGUCGUUGGUUGAUCUCGGCUGUACGCCUAUUCUCCACAUGCGACAUUUCCAGUUUGACAGUGUGCGGCCGAGCUUUGCUGGGAGCACGACACGUGUCAUCAUCAGCAGCGGGGUACUUGUAAAAGGUCAGUUGAAGGUACGAGAGAUGUCGACGACGAGCGAUGGAGUUCCAGAGGAGAAUCAUGGCUUCAAUUAUGACCUUGUUGUUAUUGGAGGGGGUUCCGGUGGACUAGCCUGCUCGAGAGAGGCCGUUAAGUAUGGAAAGAAGGUUGCAGUUUUGGACUAUGUUAAUCCAACCCCCAAGGGAGCGCAAUGGGGUCUGGGAGGUACCUGUGUGAAUGUUGGUUGCAUUCCAAAACUGCUGAUGCAUCAUGUUGGACUCCUAGGCGAGACACUUGUCGACGCUGAAGAAGCAGGCUGGAAAGUCAAAGUGGGUGGUCAUGACUGGGGCAAGAUGGUUCAGGUUGUUCAAGACUACAUUGGCUCGCUCAAUUGGGGCUAUAGAAUUGCUUUGCGCGAUGAGAAGAUCGAUUACAUCAACGCAUACGGGCGAUUUACGAACCCCCACACACUCGAGUGCAAGGACAGAAGGGGAAAGGUGCAAAACAUAACGUCUCGGCGGUUUGUGAUUGCUGUCGGAGGGCGACCUCGAUACUUGGGAGUUGAGGGAGAUAAAGAGCUCUGCAUCACAAGUGAUGACAUCUUUUCACUGGACGGACCUCCAGGGAAGACCCUCUGUGUCGGGGCCAGCUACAUCUCUCUGGAGUGUGCGGGCUUCCUGACAGGACUUGGCUAUGACGUCACCGUAAUGGCGAGAUCCAUAUUCCUUCGUGGCUUCGAUCAGCACGCGGCGGAGCACAUUGCCCAAUACAUGGAAGACCACGGGACGAAAAUUAUUAAAAAGGCGGUGCCGGUCAAGUUUGAGGAGGCGGAAAAUGGGAAGAUUCUGGUGUCAUAUGCAGAGCAAGGCAAUGUGCUUAAGAAAGACGUCUUUGAUACUGUCAUCCUUGCAGUUGGCCGAGAUGCAUUGACACUUGAUUUGGGGUUGGACAAAGCAGGAGUGCGAUUUAAUCCCACAACGGGAAAGAUCCCAGCUGUGAAUGAGCAGACGAAUGUGGAUCAUAUCUUUGCUGUGGGAGAUGUUCUUGAAGGGAGGCAAGAGCUCACACCCGUGGCAAUCAAAGCGGGAAUCUUGCUCGCUAGACGCCUUUACGGGAACAGCAACAUGCCAAUGGAUUACAAUCUGGUCCCCACAACCGUCUUCACACCGCUGGAGUAUGGUUGCAUUGGAAUGUCCGAAGAGCAGGCCGAGCAAACUUUCGGAGCAGACAACAUCGAGCUGAUCACGCUUUUGACAGAGAAUGAACGAGUUGUAGGGCUUCAUGUUGUUGCACCCAAUGCGGGGGAAAUCACCCAGGGAUAUGCAGUGGCGAUGAAAAUGGGUGCCACCAAAGCAGAUUUCGACGCCACAGUGGGGAUCCACCCGACAAUUAGCGAGGAGUUCACGCUGCUGAAAAUCACGAAACGAUCGGGUAUAAGCCCAUUCAAAACAGGAUGCUGAGGUUAAGCCUGCUGCUACUCUUUAUACCAGGAACACAUUGCUGGACCAUGGAAGUAUAGCUUUUGCCACGCCGCCAGACUCCUGCCGCUGCCGCUGCUCGACUCGAUAUCGGAGGGGAGGAUGGAGGGGAGAUGAAAACAAGAAAAAGAGGAGGGCACAGGCAUGAGUCACGAUCCCCACUUCUCCGUCUCAUCAUCUUUUUCUUGUCUCACGUCUGCACGUCUUCAGAUAGACACGAGAGCCGCGAUUGCAUGAUUAGCGCGGCGAUCAUAGCGGCAAAUCGAUGGAAACAAGGAGCCGUCCAUUGUGGCGAUGCGGUGAAAUAUAUAUUAUGGGUUGCGCAAUGUUUUCUGGGCUUAGGGGUAGCAGCAGGAGGCCAAAAGGUGACAGGCGAAUGUAUGUGGGAAACUCACAGGUUGGUGGACGGUUGUCGGUUCCGAGAGGACGCUGCGGAAAGCUGGGAAAGGUUUUUUCGGGGGUUUAGCUGGAGAAGAGUACGCGGUGCUGUCCAUGACGCAUUGCGUGCGUCGGGGGGGUAAGAUUCUCUCACGCUCUUCUUGGGUGAUGGCGUUGCCACCUACCUGUCCACGUUCGCCUGUCACUUGUUUCGCUCGGCGUUUGCGCCCACAAUCCAUGACGGCUGCGUCCUUAAAUGCUACCUCAGCACAGGAUGUAGCCCGACCAAUGUGGUGCGCAUCGCAUGGGCCUGUCAAGACACAUGAGCAUGCAUCUGAUCCAUGGAUGCCACGAUUGAUAUGGUUGAUUUAUGUUUGUUUGCUCCGUUGACAAAAGCGAAGACAUUACGACUAGACAGAGGACCACUCUUCAUGACGGUGUCGUCCUUAAAUGCUGUGACAAGCACAGGGUGAUGCCUGAUCAAUGUGGUAUACCUCAUCUGGUUAAAGGCCGAACAUCUGUGUGUUUGUUUGUGUGUGUGUGGUGUGCGUGUGUAUCUCCGUGUGUGUGUGUGUGUGUGUGUGUGUGUGUGUGUGUGUGUGUGUGUGUGUGUGUGUGUGUGUGUGUGUG